ACAUAAUACACUCUCUCGCAUUCUCCCUCUCUAGUCUCCAUCAAAUUCUCUAUAUAUGUCGAAUUCGGACUACAACAACGACGCCGCCGGCUGGGCAGCUGAAGCAGGGGAGGAGAAGCUGACGCCUCGUCGGGCCCGUUGGAACACCGGCCUCUUCGAUUGCAUCGGACGGAACGACAAGUUCAGUACUAGCGAUCGUCAAGUUUGCCUCCUUGGAAGUGUGGCCCCAUGUGUGCCUUAUGGGAGGAAUGCUGAGAGACUUUACUCAGGUCGUUGGAUUUUUGUAGAGCACUGCCUCUACUACUGUUUUAUGCUCUUGAUGCAGAUUGUCACUUGUGUCAGAAACCCCAGCCCCUUAUUCCUGGGUGCAUAUCCUGGCUUGAUUACAUUUCAUUCCCGUAGGGAUAUCCACGAAAAGUUCAACAUAGAGGGUGGUUGUGAGGCAUUGAACAGGUCCUAUGGAUGCUGGAAAUGCUGUUUGGAGCAAGAGGAAUGUUAUGACAUCUUCAUUCAUUUAUUCUGUCAUGCGUGUGCGCUUUGCCAGGAAGCUCGUGAACUUCAUUGUAGGUUUCCCGAUCCUGGGUUUAAUUCCCAACCUCUCUUGGUUACGAUCCCGCCCGGACAGCAGACCAUGGGUCGCGAUGGUGUUUGAGAGGGGGACAAAAUGAGGAGGAAGUAGAGUGGGAGCAGCUAUUUCUGUGUUUUCGAAAGGGAGAGUGAAAUGAAACAUUUGUUUCAUUACUUGUAAAUAUUACGAGCACAGUAGCUAGGCUGAUGCAGCAGCUGAUUUGACUCAGAAGUUAGACAGUUAGAGUUGAUGUUUCCAACAUUCUGCCAAAAGAGUUCAUGUUUUCACGGGUGGAAUCCACACCAAUGAUUUUGUGAUGAACAAUGUACCUCGAGCACUUAUUUUGUAGUGAAAAAAACUCUUGGAACAUU